AAACAGAAACAGCAGCAACAAAAAUGGCCCCAAACAAGCAACUCGCUAUCGUCGUCAACGCCGAGGGCGGUGUCGAUCUCAAGGAGGUCGAUGUCCCGAAACCAGGCCCUGGAGAGGUUCUCAUCAAGGUCGUCGCGGCGGCCCAGAAUCCAACUGACUGGAAGACUGCCAAGUGGGGUAAGAAGGCGGGUUCCAUCUCUGGAUGUGAUUUCUCUGGCAUUGUGGAGGAGAUUGGGCCGGAUGUGGCUCCUGGAUUGAGGAGCGUUGGCGAGCGUGUGGCGUCAAUGGUACACGGCGGUUGGUAUCAGAAUGGUAGCUUCUCCGAGUACCUCGUUGCAUCCGCCGAGCGUGUCAUCCGCGUCCCCGAGUCCUGGUCUCUCGAAGAUGCGGCCCAACUUGGCGUUGCACCCCUUACAGCCUGCCAGUGUCUUUGGGACUCCCUUCCAGGCUUACCCACUCCGAUGUCCCCAUCCACUUCUUCUACUCCCGAAGCCAUCCUCGUUUGGGGUGGAGCAUCUUCCGUUGGAAACUACGUGAUUCAGUUCGCCAAGCUCUCUGGAUUGCGAGUCAUCACCACCGCUUCGCCGAAGAACUUCGACCUCCUCAAGUCCUUCGGUGCGGACGAAGUCUACGACUACAGGGACCCGGACGUCAGCAAAAAGAUCAGGGAGAGUACCGGGAAUAAGCUGACGAAGGCAGUCGACUGUGUGAGCGAGAAAGGAACGGUGGGAUUCAUUUCGGAGGCGUUGAGCGAGAGCGAGGGCGGUACGAUCGCGGUCAUUUUGGGUAACGAGAGCCCGAGGGAGAAUGUGAAGGUGGUACCGAGUCUGGCUUAUGAUUUGUCGGGCAAGGAAUACGACUUCCCACGCAAAUGGACACCCACCCCAGAAGAUAUCAAGCAUGGCCUCGAGAUUUGGAAGCUCGUCAACGACAUCUUCGCUUCUAGUAAAAUCAAGCCCUCGCCGAAACUCGUGUUGCCCAAGGGUUUAGCGAGUGUCCCCGAUGGAUUCCAGUAUAUGAUGGACGGGAAGGUCAGCGGACAGAAGAUCACAUAUGUGAUCGCGGACACUCCGAAAGCCUGAGCGAUGAUAUGACCUGUAACCAUUUUUUAAAGUUGUCGGGUGAAGGAAGAAGAAUCGAUUUAUAUGUGUAUGUAUCAUCAUUGAAAACAUUGUUUCGUCG